AGCCCUGCUUAUCUGCGGCGCGCCCUGCGAUCGCGGGCUCGUAGGGCGGAAGGGCUUAGGAACGAGGCAGGCUAGGCAGACUCUAGGCGAAGCGGCGCCCCUCGGAGGCGCGGAAGGCUCCGCAGCUUCUAGACUUCGGCAGAGGGAGCUGCCGUGAAGCGCAUGUAGGCAGGGAGGAAAGAAGGGAAGAUGGUCAUUCGGGUUUUCGUCGCGUCUUCCACUGGUUCCGUGGCGAUAAAGAAGAGGCAACAAGGCAUUGUGCAAUUUCUAGAAGCCAACAAGAUUGACUUUGAAGAAGUGGAUAUCACCAUGUCAGAGGAGCAAAGGCGGUGGAUGUAUAAAAAUAUUCCUCAAGACAAACUGCCUGCACAAGGCAACCCACUGCCUCCCCAGAUCUUCAGCAAUGAUGAGUACUGUGGAGAUUACGACUCGUUUUUUGAAUCCAAGGAAAGCAAUACUGUCUUUGCAUUUCUUUGCUUGAAGUCUAAUUUGGCCUCACAGGAAUCAGAACCUUAGGAAAACUGCUUGAAGAAUAAAAAACGCAUUGUCCGGCCGAAUGAAUUCCUCGAUGUUCAGCACGCUACACCUUCCCUCGUGGAUCACUGUGAUACCAGCCAAUAUGCAUCAUUGGUAUUUUGCUUGCUGCUGAAGAGGUGUGAAAUAAGACAACGGAUACAAAAACGGGGUGAUUUGUUGUGUUGGGUGCUCUUCUAUCUUUGCAAAUAUAUCUGUAGUUAAUCCUGUGGAUCAUUGUUCUGAUGUGCAUUAUUAUUCCAUUCAAAUGAUGACCUAAGGUUCUCAAGAAUGGCAAAUGGCAGCAGAAUCAGAUCACCCAUUAUAUAGUAUCAGAGAUUCAAGUGUUUACACUUUGCUGAGUUGAGAGUUACUGCAGGGAUGACAUUGUUCUAACUGUGUUUACAAACACGUUGAGCUUGCAAAGUUCUCAUUUUCCAAAAUACCAAAAAAAAUAAAUACAAUAAUUCUCCUUGCAAGCAUCUCAUUGUUGUGCUAUAUGUGUUGAUGUGUUUAUUGUCAUAAAUGGGCCUAAUAUAUAUUCCUGGGAGAAGCAAGGGCAUCAAUAUAUGGUUGGGAUUCAGCAGUACAGUGUAUAAGCCUUUCUACCUAAAUGCCUAACUCGAGCAAGGAUGUUUUUGCUUUGAUGGCCAUUCAAGAAUGAUCCCCUUGUGUGACCCAAGAGAAACUAAGUACUGGUAUUCAAGAACAAUCCCAAAUCAACUGAUCAGCAAAACUAGCAAAGAAGAAGUAUCAGCCAUCUGUGUAAUUCUGAACAAUAUUGCCAAAUUUUAUAUUUCCAUAUGAUAGACUGCCUUCUGCCUUCAAUCUCAAGCAUUCAUAACAGUUAACGCUGUCAAUUGUAGAGUCAAGUUCAAAACAUGGAGUGAUCCAUACAUGGUGAGCAAUAUCUGAACAAGAUUAAAACCAUGUUCAAUCACUUUAAUGGGGAAAAGGACAGGGAUUCUUCAAGAAAGGAACAUUUUCUGCCUAUAAAAUGUGGUAUUUCAUAUGAUUGGGUUGGGUGAAGGCAAUACGGUAUCUUCCACUUAUAAGGCACAUAAGAACAGACAAUCCAGUGGUAUCUAUCUCUAAAUGGGUGGGACUACAGAAACUAGGACAUUCCUAUUCAAUUAAAUUUAACCCCUGACACGUGCACAAAUCUUAUUUAGAUUCUCAGACUCUUAUAAAAACAUCACACCUCUUCAUCAAUAUAGCUAGUUUUGGAAAACAGCUGCCUUCUUGUCAAAGGCACUCUGGAGUUUUUGCCUGCUUGCUUUGGUUUAAAAUUGGGCAGCUUCUGUUUGGACAUAGCUACCAUUCCCCCAACUAUUUAUUUAUAAUUCUUUAAAAAUGACAGCUGACUGCAUCAAAACUGUUUGGAAAUGGAAGUAUGCAGAAUAAGAAAAGGAAAGGGAAAUUGUGAGAGCAGAGGGGUCCUGAUGGCAUGGCAGAAAGCAACUUCCUUUGUCUUGACAAACGUGUAUGUCUUGCGAUUGGUCACACCACAGUAGCAUCCACUGUGUGACUAGAGAAGCUCCUUCAUCACAGACACUUUGUAGUAAGAGCACCCGGGACAUGUUUCGUUUUGAAAAAUCCAAAUGUUUCCCACCCCAGUCUUGCAUUCUAGAACAACAUGUAAUCUUUGGGACUAAAUGACUUGAUGAAGUAUGUUAACUUUAUUGUAUACAUAGAGUUUCCCACCUGUUAGAGUUUUGUCUUAUCUUUCAUCAAGAUGUCUUCUCUGUGAGCCUCUUGAUUAGGGCAAUAAAUUCAGGUAUUCUGUUUAAGUAGAUCUGGGGUACAAAUACCUGGAUGACCAAUAAAUCAGGGGUCCCCAAUCCCUGGGCUAUGGACCAGUACCGGUCCAUGGCUUGUUAGGAACUGGGUUGCACAGCUAGAGGUGAGUAGUGGGCGAGUGAGUGAAACCAAAACAAUACCCCCCCUCCGGGCCCAUGGAAAAGUUGUCUUCCAUGAAACCAGUCCCUGGUGCCAAAAAGGUUGGGGAGUGCUACAAUAGAUGUUAGGGAAAGGCAGCAGCCACCAUAAACCUCGCCCUUAGCUGCCAUGUAGUGAUUUUUCAGCCCAAAUCAGUUAGCUGCAUCCAGGUGAAAGCUUAUAUUUAAUAGUGAAAACAGGUGAGCAUCAUCUAUAUUCAGUUACUCACUCAAAGCUCAGGGAAGUUUCUGAAGUAUUUGUUAUGAACAGGCAUUCCAAGGGAGUGGGCAACUUUUAAGAAACCACUGUGUUAUCCAUUCUACUGUAUACAUGCAAACCCUUGUCAUACUUGAGGUAGGAUGAGAUUUUAGCUAAUUUUAAUUAUAAGAUGAUGUAAAUUUCAAUUUUCUUUUGCUUUGGAUUUUUUUUUGGAAGAGGGAGUGUAUUAUUAGAAUGCAAUUGCAAAAAGUGUCCUAUUUUCAUGUCUAAAUCAGAUCACUUAAGCUCACUAGUGAAUGCUAUUCUGUAUGUAAUUAAAUGUUUGGCUUUU